AUGCCUACUAAUGACACAUGUGUUGAGCCAGAUGGACACAUUACAGAUUUACGAUACUUUAUCUAUGCAGUGACAUACACUGUCAUUCUUGUGCCAGGUUUCAUAGGGAACAUAUUAGCCUUGUGGGUAUUUUAUGGCUAUAUGAAAGAAACCAAACGAGCUGUGAUAUUCAUGAUAAACUUAGCCAUUGCUGACUUACUACAAAUUCUCUCCCUGCCUCUGAGGAUCUUUUACUACUUGAAUCGUGACUGGCCAUUUGGGCCGGGCCUCUGCAUGUUCUGUUUCUACCUGAAGUAUGUCAACAUGUAUGCAAGCAUCUAUUUCUUGGUCUGCAUCAGUGUGCGGCGAUUUUGGUUUAUCAUGUACCCCUUUCGCUUCCGUGACUGCAAACAGAAAUAUGACCUAUACAUCAGCAUUGCUGGCUGGAUGAUCAUCUGCCUUGCCUGUAUGCUCUUUCCUCACCUGCGAACCAGUGAUGACACCGUAGGCAACAGAACCAAAUGCUUUGUAGAUCUUCCUACAAGGAAUGUUAAUGUGGCCCAGUCUGUUGCCAUGAUUACCAUUGGCGAGUUGAUUGGGUUUGUCACUCCUCUUCUGAUUGUCCUAUAUUGUAGCUGGAAGGCUGUUUUAUCGCUGCAAGAUAAAUAUCCUGUGGCCCAGGACCUUGGAGAGAAAAAGAAAGCCUUGAAGAUGAUUCUAACUUGUGCGGGAGUAUUCUUAAUUUGCUUUGCACCUUAUCACUUCAGUUUUCCUUUAGAUUUCCUGGUCAAGUCCAACAAAAUUAAAAGCUGCCUCGCCAGAAGGGUAAUUCUGAUAUUUCAUUCUGUUGCCCUGUGUCUUGCUAGUUUGAAUUCCUGCCUUGACCCAGUCAUAUAUUACUUCACCACUAAUGAAUUCAGAAGACGGCUUUCAAGACAAGAUUUGCAUGAUAGCAUCCAGCUCCAUGUGAAAUCCUUCGUGAGCAACCAUACUACUUCUACUAUGACAACUGAAUUAUCCUAA